AGCGGCCCUUCAUUUUCAGCGAAUUACAAUUGGACAAUUAAAGAUUGUGACUUUGUUCCCUUUUCCCUUUUACCCAUUCCACCCCCCGGCCCAUUUCCCGUCCAGCCGAGGAGAAGAUAGUGGUGUGGUGGGUGGAUUGCCGGUGGAGGAGGAAGAGCAAUUUGCUGCCACCGCGUCGUUGAAGCUGUUGCAGGAAAGGGCGAGGUAUAGGAGAAACACGUCGAUGAUGCGGAGGAGGAAGCCAUAGCUGAGGAGGAGGACGAAGGCGACGGCACGUCUUUCACCUUCGUCUCGGUGGGAGAGGGAAGGGGUUGCGCGUUUUUCUCGUCCUGAUUGCCGGGAAGGGGCGGGGGGGGGGACAAAAUGCAAGCCCUGCGGCAGCUUUGCCAAGCUGCCGGCAACGCCUCCCGAUCAUCAUCGAUGCCGUCGCCAUCCUCGAGGUCGCACGUGGCUGCUUGCCGAGUCGCCCAGGUAGCCCAGGUCGCACAGGCCGCGCGCGCGCGCGCGCGCGGCCAUGUUCAUUCCGGAGCCUCGUCGUCGCGGCUAGGUUUCUACUACAGUCGGCGAUGUUCCCUGGGGGGAGACCCCCCUGAUGCGUGCAAACACUGGCAUCAUGACCAUCCGGAUGCUGAGGCCGGAUGCGUCCACGGGGUGGGAGCAAGAUUACGAGGAGAAGGGGCGGGAGGAGGAGGAGGAGGAGGCGGAGGCGGAGUACUUGUUCCUGUGCGAGGGAUAAGCCAGGUCGGCCUGCAGCAGCAGCAACAACCGCAGCGGGGCCAGUUCCAGUAUCCAGAGCGCAACUUGCGUUCUAACGUUGGAUUAAGCGAGAACAAGACGGGAGGCAGUAGUCGGUCGUACUCGUCUUCUUCCUCCUUGGCAUCCUCGGUGUCGCCAUCGCCGUCUGGCGCGCAGUCGAGGACGGCGGCGGCUGCAGUGCGGUCGGCGCUAAGUGGGGCAGCAGAUGACAAUGUUUUGGUAGAAGAGGACAUGUCCUUGCGCACAGCGGUCCUCAGCCGGCCACGUGUGCUUAAUUCCCUAAGCUUGGACAUGAUUCGUCGUCUGCACAAACUGUGGUCCGUGUGGGAGGUAAAGCCGCACGUGAAGAUAAUUGCUAUCAGGGGGGAAGGGCGCGCCUUUUGUGCCGGCGGCGACGUGAGGGCUGUAUACGAUAUAGGGCUCAAGAACCGAAGAGGAGGAGGAGGAGGAGGAGGAGGAGGAAGGGAUGACGUGGCAGCAGCAGCAGCGUCCGCGAUGGCGUACCGACGAUACUUCGAGGAGGAGUACAAGAUGAACUACCAUCUGUCCACGUUGAAGAAGCCGCACGUGGCGAUCCUAAAUGGAAUAGUGAUGGGUGGUGGGGCUGGGGUGAGCAUGCAUGGUCAUUUCCGGGUCGUGACGGAGAACGUCGUCUUCGCCAUGCCGGAGGUCGGGAUCGGUCUGCAUCCCGACGUGGGGGCGUCUUACUUCCUCUCGCGUCUUCCGGGCCAGAUCGGGACCUAUCUGGGCUUGACUGGGGCUCGAAUCAACUGGGCGGACAUGGUGGCGACGGGACUAGCCACGCAUUACGUGCCAUCCCAUCGGCUGGAAUUGCUGAGGGAGAGGCUGUCGGGACUGUACUCGUCGAGCCUCGACAUUGUCGAGAUCGCGAUCUCGGAGGCGUCCGACAAGGUCCACGUCAGCGAAGCCCCGAUCGUCCGCCGCAAGCGGAUCAUCGACGAGUGUUUCUCCAAGGACAGCGUCGAGGAGGUCAUGGCCGCUCUGGAAGCACACGCAUCAGCAGCAUCAGCAUCAGCAGCAGCAGCAGCAGCAGCAGGAGGAGGAGGAGGAGGGAUUUACCCCGGAGCUGCUCCUGCUCCUCCUCCUCCUCCUCCUGCUGCUGCUGCUGGUGCUGGUGCUUCCACGUCAUCGUCAUCAUCAUUGCCCCAGUCAUCAUCGGAUGCUGAGUGGUGUCGAAGGGCAUUGCAGGCCAUGGAGAAGGCCUCUCCUACUAGCCUGAAGAUAACGCUGCGGUCGAUACGGGAAGCGGCCACGUGUCGGUUGCACGAGUGCUUGCGGAAAGAAUACCGUCUGACGGUGAGGUGUGUGAAGGAGGGAGGGGAUUUCUAUGAGGGAGUGAGAGCCGUGCUGGUGGAUAAGGACAACAGCCCCAAAUGGAAACCACCGACGCUGGCCGAGGUCACGGAAGAGAUGGUAGAUCGGUACUUCGCGCCCUUCCCAUCACCAUCGGAUGAAUUAGAACUACCCGUCGAGGAGAGGGAAGGAAGGCGAGGGCAGCAGGCCGCCGCUGCACAUUUCGAUGACGACGAAAGGAGGAGAGAAAAGGUGAGGGGCAAGAUGGCCGCGCGCUCCAGCCGCGACCACGACGGAACGGGAUCCCGUCAGCAACGAUUGAGCUCUCGCCUGUGAAAAAUGAAAAGAAAGAACACAGUGAAACCCUUUUGUUUUGUCUUUAUCUACGCCUUUUUUUUGUUUCCGCGACUCUUUUUCCUUUUUUUUUUUUCGUUCUUUUUUUUUUGGUUGUUUGUGCGGCUCUUUAUAUCGUUAUUAACUGCAUCUCUUUCUGUGACUGAGGACCCGCGUGUACCUCAGAUAAAUGUGCACACACACAGACACACAGAGAGAGAGAGAGAGAGAGAGAGAGAGAGAGAGAGAGAGAGAGAGAGAGAGAGAGAGAGAGAGAGAGAGAGAGAGAGAGGCGUCGUGAGUGGAUAGGAGUAGAAUGAGAGUAGUGGGUACGCGGCGCUUAAGUGCCACACAGCACUUGUCGGUGUGCAACACACUUUUUCGGUACGUUCGAGUCGAGGAUCUCGUUGGUAUAGAAGGGAGGAGAAGAAUGGGUUGAGCUCUUGGAUUCCACAAGGGAGUAUCAGCUUUUUGAA